GCCUCCGUUCAGGAAUUUCUGCUCUCGUUUACAGGAUCAGCUGAAAUCGUCCUUGGAUUUGGCCGCUAAAAGGAAGGCCCAGCUGCUCAAGGCUAAAUUCAACCAGGAGCAGAAGAUCUCCCAAGUCAAGGAGCAGUCACGCAAUCUGCAAGUCCACAUCAAGUAUGAACUCGCCAAGAUGCACUGGACUCUGAGUGAGAUGGAGCGGCGCCUGGACGGAGAUCUCCGUGCACGGGAGGGGAUGAUCCUGGAAGCUAUGCGAGGGAACCUGCGGGAGAUUCAGGGUGCCCUGGACUCUGCCGAGCGGGUUCUGACCGAGUUUCAGUCGCGGCUCGAUCGGCCGGACGUAUUGACCAUCCUCAAGGAGAAAGAUUCCUGGAAUGCCAAGAUUAGUCACAAUGCGAUGGAACUGGUGGACAUGGAUCUCCCUCUGGGGAUAUACAGAGGUCCCUUGCAGUAUAUUGCCUGGAGAGAAAUGCUGGACACUAUCAGCCCAG